GAAGAAUGUACCUUUCUUUGUCAUAACUUCACACGUGUAAUUUUUAGUCAUUGUUCUAGAAGGGCCAAGAGGGAACACAUGUUUGUUGGUUUUUUUCGGGGUUAAAAGGGAUUACAUAGCUCAAGGUGGAGAAACAUCUUCCAUACAGAGUGCAGGUACAUUAGCAAGGCCUAAUCCGAGCCGAAUUGCCAUUCUUGCUUCUACUCGACUGAAAGAAGCUAAGCUAUGACUGACGACAUGUUUUAGCUAAACACUUUGACGACAAUGUCGUAUAAAAUUUCUAGUUUUAAUCCGUCCUGUGGUCGCUGACAAUGUAACCAUUGUGCCCGAUUAAUAUACUUCGCCGUGAUGGUUUUACCUCAAGAAAAAAAAACAUUGUGAGAAUUGUGCAAAUAGAAAAGAAGAUUUUAAUUCUCACAAAAAAAGAUUUUAAUUGGAUGGCUGUCAUUUUUCUUUUGUUUUUCGGAGAGGAGAUUGAAACCCCGGGCCUCUACAUCAAGCGACGGCGGUUGUCAUCUGUGCAACUAUCUUUUCUUAGCCAACAUCACCCCGUGAAUAAGUAAAUAUAUAGAUGUCAGUGGGCUAAACCACAUAUAUAAGAACAAAAAUACGUAAAGCAGUAAAGUAUAAAGAGUCCUCUCAAUCAAAAAAAGAAAAAGUAAAGCAUAUAGAGGAACGAACCUCACUGCACUCGCUCGGAGUAAAGGGGCACUGGAAUGGGGGAACAAAAGCCCUCAAAUUCGCGCUUUACUCCUCAAAUUUCGACUAUCUGCAUAUCCAUCCAUCCCACAGUUCUCCUGAACCAGUACGAAUAGUCUGCACCCAUGGAUUCCAUCAAGAUUAACCUCGCCGUCGACAAGUCGCGCAACCGCGUGCUGUUCGCCGACGCGGGCUCCGACUUGGUCGACGUCGUCCUCAGCUUCCUCACGCUUCCGCUGUCCGCGAUCCAGUUCUGCGUGGCGCCGUCGCCGGGGUGCCUCUCCAACCUCUGCGACAGCGUCAGACGCCUCGCGGGAGGCAAGCUGCUUAAGGUUGACGCCUGCCAUGGCAUGCUUCUCACGCCGUCGACCGCCCAUGAGUUUGGUGGCCGUGUUCUCAGGCUCAGGUACAAUCUUUGCUUCGCCCACGAUGCGUCCGUCAAGAGCCAGCCGAACCUGAAGGUGAACGGCAAUCUCUGUAGCUGUUGGAAAGUCAUGGACAGACUUGCGCGUGCGUACAGUGGGGCAAGCUCUUCGCCCGGUAAGUUCGUGAGGUGCAAAGAACGGUUUGUGAUCAGCGAUGACUGGACGAUCACGCCGGCAUGCACUUCGCUGAUUCACAGGUUCAGCUCUGAAUCUGAGGCCGCCUUCCCCGGGUUUGAGGAGGUGGAAGUGUGUGUCAGCUGGCCCAAGGUUAUAUCCUUGCUGAAGGCCUCUCUGUCGUCGGAUACCAUAUUCACCGAUGUUUUUCUACCCAUGGGAACCGGUGGUCAGGAUGCUCGUGCCACUAUGAAACCGAGCAUCAACCAGAAAAUCGCGGUAACUCUCUAUGAAGACCCGGGAACUUCAUCAGAAUUCAAGACCAAGUUUUUUUACGACGCCAAGGAGAAGAAGGUCAUGUAUGCUGAAUGCAAGCAUGAUUUCGUGGAUCUGCUUCUCGGUUUCUUGGCUUACCCACUGGGCUGUGUGAUCAAGAACAUGAACGACAGUGGCCUCGCCUCUCCUCUCGGCACCGGCGGCAUGGCCAAUCUGUACGCCAGCGUCGUCGAGCUCGACGCGGCAGGCUUCAUAGCAGGUGGGUACCCCGCUGAGACGUUGCUGAAUCCACCCCUUAGCCCGUUCUGCAGGCAUCCUGACUGCUCCGCUCCCAAAAAAGACGCCGUGGAACCAAAGAACUUCAUGGGUCUAGUAUCCCAUAGCUCGUGUGUUGGCUGUUGUUAUGACCUUGUCGAAGACCGAAAGUACGUGGUAGACGAUGAUCUGCUAGUGCACCAGGCCUCCGCGAUGUCUGUGACGAAGCACUGGCGUGGCAGAGACAAGGCAAACGUGGUGGAGAUGGACAUUGACAUCACGAAACAAGAGGCUGUUGUGCUGCUGCGGGCCAUGCUUACCUCCAAGACACCGCUGACAGACGUGUUCAUCGGUAGGCUGGAGGAACAUUCAACUUGACGGCCACAGCCUGUUGAGAUGAGCCUGGUCGUGCAUUCGCUUGAUCAGUAAGUCCUGGUGGUAGUUUUUUGGUUCUGUUUAAUAUGACCAGGUGGUGGUGCCGUGCUCUCCUGUAUAUGAUCGUUUUGUCCAGUCCCCUUGCGAACUUAGUUGGUGUCUGAAUGCAUGAGGCUUCUGUUUUGUGGUGGUUUCCUUGCUCUGAAUGUAAAACUGUGAUGAAUUACAAGAUCAAUGAACUCUUAUUAUUGAUAA